GGUGUGUUAGCAAAAUAAGAGUAAACACAUUCAGAUAUGUCCGUAAUGGACUGCACCAACAGUGAAAAUGUGUUCAACGCUCACCGGACAAUUUUCAAAACGCUGCUGCCGCGGGUCAUGUGCUUUACGAGGUGUGACGUCAUGUAGCUUGAUAUAAUGAACACGCGCUGGGAGAGUGGUCCGUUUGAACUGUAUGUUUCCCAAAUGUCAAGAUCGAACCUCUCUCGCUAAACUUGUUAUUUUUCUUUCUUUAACCACUCUACUGACUACUUGCCAGGUAGUGCAAGGUUGCUGCUCGUUUCUCAGACGCUGGCGAUACUCAGGGUUCCGCGCUACGGUUUCGGGCAGGUACGGUGCAUUCCAGAAAGUGGUGAACAGUGCUGUGCGCCUUGCCUGCAGUGCGUGUAUUCGGAGCGCAAAAAAACACGAUACUCUCGUGUAAGCAAUGGCCGGGGUUGGCAACGGCUCGGACUUUGGGUACCAGUAUUCAAACUCUGUGUUGCUUAACGGCAGCGCAUACUGCUUGAACUUGAGUGAUAACCUGACUCUUCUGGACGCCAAUAAUUCGAGAUGUGACCGGCAAGAAAACCAGGAAAGGGGUUCGACGCCCGUGGUCAUCGCCAUUAUAAUCACUGCGGUCUACUCAAUCGUUUGUGUGGUGGGGGUGGUCGGCAAUGUCCUGGUCAUGUAUGUAAUUAUCAGAUACACCAAGAUGAAAACAGCCACCAAUAUCUACAUAUUUAACUUGGCCCUGGCAGAUGCCCUGGUCACGAGUACACUCCCCUUCCAGAGCGUCAACUACUUGAUGGGAACCUGGCCUUUUGGGGACAUCCUGUGCAAGAUCGUCAUGUCCAUAGACUACUACAACAUGUUCACCAGUAUCUUCACGCUCACCACUAUGAGUGUCGACCGCUACAUUGCCGUGUGCCACCCGGUCAAAGCAUUGGACUUCAGGACGCCGCGCAAUGCCAAGAUUGUCAACGUGUACAACUGGAUGUUGUCCUCGGCCAUCGGGAUCCCCGUCAUGGUUCUGGCCACGACCGCCGCUGACGAAAGGAGGUUCAACGCUUCUGCUCCAAUCGUUGACUGCAACCUGAAAUUCCCCCACCCAUCCUGGUACUGGGAGAACCUGAUGAAGAUCUGCGUCUUCAUCUUCGCCUUUGUCAUGCCCGUCCUCAUCAUCACCGUGUGCUACGGCCUGAUGAUCCUUCGCCUGAAGAGCGUGCGCAUGCUGUCGGGCUCCCAGCAGAAGGACCGCAACCUGCGGCGCAUCACGCGCAUGGUCCUGGUGGUGGUGGCCGUUUUCAUCGUCUGCUGGACGCCCAUCCACAUUUUUGUCAUCAUCAUGGCGUUGGUGGCCAUCCCGCCAUCUCUGCUGCAGACAGUCACCUGGCAUUUCUGCAUCGCACUGGGCUACACCAACAGUUGCAUGAACCCCGUGCUCUACGCCUUCCUCGAUGAGAACUUCAAGCGUUGCUUCCGCGAGUUCUGCAUCCCCAGCCCUUCCGUGCUGGACCUCCAGAACUCCUCGCGGACUCGGAACCCGCCGGGCCGCGACGGCCAGUCCAGCGGGCAGACAGUGGUACGGACCAACCAGCAGGUAUGACUAGCCGUGGAGAGGUCGUCAGUGGAGGCGCGCGGGCAGCCCAGCGACGACAUGAAUUCAGAGCUUACGCAGGUGUCCACGGGGCUGUGACCCCCCAAACUGCCGUGGCUGUCUGGUUCACACACUCACAGUCUCUCACACACACACAGACACACACACACACACACACACACAUACACACACACUC